AUGUGGAUUUCAAGUAUUGUCCCAGUCAAGAAGAAAAAUGGGCAAAUACGAGUUUGUGUAGACUUUCGUGACUUAAAUUCUGCAUGUCCAAAAGACGACUUCCCUCUACCUGUCGUCGAACUCACGAAAGAUGCAACAAUGGGACAUGAGGCUCUUUCUUUUACGGAUUGUUUCUCCGGCUAUAACCAGAUAAGAAUGGCUCCCAAAGACGAAGAGUUAACUGUUUUCCAUACCCCAAAGGGGAUAUAUUGUUAUAAGGUGAUGCCAUUAAGACUUAAGAAUGCUGCCGACCCUCUCAAGUAUGUCAUGUCAAGACCUGUUCUCUCUGGGCGACUAGCAAGGUGGUCGAUUUUGUUCAACGAAUUCGAAAUCUUGUAUGUCCCGCGAAAAGCAGUCAGAGGACAAGCCCUUGCUGACUUCUUGGCUGAUCAUCCAAUACCAACGGAUUGGGAAAUUUUUGAAGACUUUCCUGAUGAGAAGGUUUUCUUUAUUGAUGUCCUUCUGCCAUGGAUGAUGUUCUUUGAUGGUGCGGCGCGGUCCGACGAAGCAGGGGCAGGCAUGGUGUUUGUUUCUCCAUAA